CGUCCACCUCAUCACCUCAUCAUCCUAUCCUUCACGACCGCCUCACCACCAGAUCUCGCUGCUGCACCGCUGCCGCUACCUCGCACAAGGGCACAUUGCCCACGAUGCUCCUCUCACUCGAGAUCACCAACUUCAAGUCCUACAGAGGCACCCAAGUCAUUGGCCCCUUUAAAAGCUUCUCUGCAGUCAUUGGCCCCAAUGGCAGCGGCAAGAGUAACUUGAUGGACGCCAUCUCCUUUGUCCUCGGCGUCAAGUCGUCGCAGAUGCGAUCCAGUGGCCUCAAGGACGUCAUCUUCCGAGGCAGGAGGAUGGCCGCCGACCCUGGCAACGCCUCUGGCGAAUCCGACGACGAUGAGGCAGAAGGAAGCGCAGCUGAUGCGCAGAAGGCUACCGUCGUUGCCGUCUACGAGGAUGCGACUGGCAAGGAGUGGCGCUUUGAGAGGAGCGUCACGCUGGCUGGUGCAUCAGAGUACAAGAUCAAUGGUCGCGGGCAGUCGUACAACUCGUACAAUCGACAGCUUGAGAAGUUCAAAAUUCUUGUCAAGGCAAAAAACUUUCUCGUCUUCCAGGGAGACGUAGAGGCUGUAGCUCAACAGAACCCAAAGGAGCUCACGCGUCUCAUCGAUCAGAUCUCGGGCUCACUCGAGCUCAAGGAGGAGUACGAGCAGGCCAAGGAGAGAAUGGAGCGUAGCCAAGAGGAGAGCGCAGCUGCCUUCAACAAGCGUCGCGGUAUCAAUGGAGAGCUUAAGACGUUCCGCGAGCAGAAGUCAGAGGCCGAGAAAUGGGAGAGGCUGCAGGAAGAGAGAGACGCACACCUGCUCCAAUUACUCCUCUGGCAGCUUUACCACAUCCAACAGCAGCUUGACAAGUCGCGUGAGGACAUUGACGAGCAGAAUGCCCACAUGCCCGACCUUCGCAAAGGCGUCAGCACCGCAGAGGCCAAUGUCGACACGAGAAGGAAGGAAGCGGCCAACGUCCUUCGAGACGUCAGCAAGGCCGAGCGAGACAUCAAGAAGCGUCAAAAAGAAAUUGAAGAGAAGCAGCCUCAGUUGGACGCCCUCGACGAGCGCUCCUCGCACUCUCGCCGUCGCAUAGGCGCAGCAGAGAAGAUCAUCUCCGACGUCGAGCGAGACGUCAUUCGCUCCCGCAAUGAGCUGGCCAAACUAGAGCGAGAUUACGACAGCGCCAAGCAGGCUGCCCAGAGGGCUGAGGAUGCCGAGAAGGAACGUGGCGCUGGCCUCAACUUGAACGAAGCAGAUCUCGAGGAGUACCACAAUCUGCGCGCAGAGGCUUCGACGCGCAAGCCGUCCGAGCGACAGCAGCUGGAGACGCACCGCAAGCAGCUCAAGGCACAGCAGGCGACUGUCCAAUCCCUGGAGGACAAGUCGAAGCGCCUCGCACGCGCACAAGAGAAGCUGGAAGCUGAGAGUGGCGUCGCCGCAGAGAAGAAGGACGCUCUUGAAGCACGACGCACCGAGCUCCAGACUCGACUGCAGGACGCCAAGGCUGAGCUCGCGCGACUGCAAUCGGAGCGCACCCGUAUCGGCAAGAGGGAGACGGAGCUCAAUGAUACCCUGCAGACAUGCUACACGAAGCUCAUCCAGGCCGGUAAUGAUGCGAGGGAGUCGGAGCGCGAGGCUAAGAUGAAGGAGAGCAUUGCCAAUUUGGCUAAGCUGUUCCCUGGCGUGCGAGGGCGAUUGGUGGAUCUGUGCAAGCCCACGCAGCAUAAGUACGACUUGGCUAUCCAGACUGUUCUCGGCCGCAACACGGAUGCGGUCAUCGUAGACCAGGAGAGGACUGCCAUCGACUGCAUCGAGUACCUCCGCAACCAGCGCAUUGGCCAAGCUACCUUCCUACCCCUCGACACCAUCCAAGCCAAGCCCAUUAAUGACCGUCUUCGCUCGGUUGCCCGCGGCGCUCGUCUCGCCAUCGACGUCAUCCAGUACGACGCCUCGCUCGAGCUUGCGAUUCAGUACGUCUGCGGCAACGCCCUUGUCUGCGACACGAUGGACGUAGCCAGACACCUCAGCUACGAGAGGAAGAUCGAAGCCAAGGCCGUCACUCUGGAGGGCACCAUCAUCCACAAGUCAGGUCUCAUCACCGGUGGCCAAGCAGGCGAGCAAAAGAAGCGCUGGGAGGAGAGGGAGGUCCAAGGUCUGCAGCGACAACGGCAAGAGUGCUCGGCUGAGCUCAAGGAGCUGCAACAGGAGCGCCACAAGCUUCCUACCGAGGAGAGUCUCGUCGCCAGGGUCGGGGAAUGCGAGACGAAGCUGGCAACGUUGCGCGAUGAUCUCUCUGCCGCUACCAGCCGACUCGAUGGCCUGAACACUGAGCUCAACAAUGUCAAAAAGCAAACAACCGACAUUGCUCCGCGCGUCACCGCUGCUCGCAACGAGGUGACCGCCACGCAAAGCUCGGUCGACAACCUCAAGACAGUCGUCGACGAGGACGACGACGAGGUCUUUGCCGACUUCUGUGCGCGCAUUGGCGUCUCUGACAUCCGCGAAUACGAGGAGCGCCAGCUCCAGCAGCUAGAGCGUCAGCGCGACGCCCGCCUCGAGUUUGAGACGCAGAUGAAGAGGCUGGAACACCAGAUCAAUUUCACCAAGGCGCAGCUCAAGAGUCAGGAGGAGCGACUUCAGACCAACAGGCGCGUCAUCGAGAAAGAGACGGCUCGCAUUGAUACGGUCGCACAGGAGAAAGCUACAGUCCAGGAGUCAAUCGACAAGAUACAAGAGGACAUCAGGGAGCGCAACGAUCGUCUCACUCAGCUGCGCGAGGACCAUGAAAAGGCGCAACAGCAGCUUACCGACGCCAAGCGCGAUCUAAGCAAGGCGGCUCGAGCGCUCGACAACACGAUCAAGGAGGUGGCUAACAUGAAUGACCAAAUGGAGAAGCUGGCCUCGCAGCGGGGCGAUAUCUUCAAGCGCUGUCGACUGGAGGAGAUCGACUUGCCCCUCAUUUCUGGGUCACUGAACAAAGUCUCGCUCACCAACGACCCGACGGGCGAUCUGGUCCCGAUGGACAUCGAUGACGAUAACGAUGAGACGCAGCAUGCCAUUUUUGUGCCCGACUUCGGGAUCGAGGUCGACUUUGAUGAUCUGGACGACGCGGCGAAGGAGGACGGGAGCGCAGCGAUGGAGGCCGAGCUCAAGUCCAACAUCGAGAAAACGUCGGCCGCUAUUGAGCGCAUGGCGCCCAACAUGAAGGCUGCUGACAGGCUCGGCGACACGGAGGCAAGGUACAAGGAGACGGAGGGCGAGUUUGAGAAGGCGAGGCGGGAGGCGACGGCUGCGAGGAAUGCAUUCAACGAUGUCAAGGAGAGAAGGGUGAAGUUGUUCACUACGGCAUUCAACUACAUCAGCACGCACAUUGACAAGGUCUACAAAGACCUUACCAAGAGCAGAGCGAUUCCAGCAGGCGGAAUCGCCUACCUCUCACUUGAAGACGACGAAGAGCCCUACCUCAAAGGAGUUCGUUACACGGCCAUGCCCCCCAUGAAGCGCUUCCGUGACAUGGAGCAGCUAUCUGGAGGCGAGAAGACCAUCGCCGCCUUGGCCUUGCUAUUCUGCAUCGCCAUGUUCAGCCCUCCGCCCUUCUUUGUCCUCGAUGAAGUGGACGCUGCGCUCGACAGCCAGAACGUCGCGAAAGUGGCUGCUUACAUUCGCCAGAAGGCGCGAGCGGACUUCCAGUUCAUUGUCAUUUCGCUCAAGGCUACGCUUUAUGAGCAGGCAGAGGGUCUGGUGGGUGUAUACAGGAAGGCGGAGGAGAAUCAGAACUCGUCGGCCAGCCUGACGCUCGACCUCGAGAAGUACAAUUAGUCGAGACGUUGGCAACUGUGUCCCGUUCAUUCCCUUGUCUCUUUUCAUGUUGUCUUUGCCUGCCUCGCCCCCCGCGCCCCCCCUUGUACCAUUCUUCUCAAAGUCAUC